UAUCUCCCUCGGCCCUCUUCCUACUAUCACCAUCUUAUUAACAUCACGUACUUGCUUUCAUUUUUCAUAUCUCUAUAGCUAUGGGAAAGAAAGGAGGUGGUUCGUGGUUCACCGCGGUCAAGCGGGCUUUUAGUCCUAAUAAAUCCACCAAAACACAAGAUCGGGAUGUUGAUCAAGAUCAAGAUGAUGACAGGAAAAGGGAUACUAAGAGAAGAUGGUUGUUUAGAAAAUCAUCGAUUAGUAGCGUGCAAAUCCAAACACAAGUGAAGGAUAAUUAUAAAACAUCAAUAAUUAAUGAUGAUGUUGUGGUUCAACCUAAACAUGAUGAUACUAACCAUGCUGCACAGGAAGAAAAGCAUGCCAUUUUAAUGGCAGCAGCUACCAUAAAAGCGGCUGAAGCUGCAGCCACAACUGCCCACGCAGCUGCCGAGAUUAUUCGGCUCACCACCAGACCUUCUACUAUUUCUGUUAAACACCAUUUUGCUGCCAUUCUCAUCCAAACAUCUUUCCGUGGCUAUUUGGCAAGAAGGGCGUUACGAGCACUAAAAGGGAUUGUGAUGCUACAAGCGGUGAUUCGAGGCCAGAACGUGAGGAAGCAAGCAACCGUCACUCUAAGAUGCAUGCAGGCGCUUAUACGGGUGCAAUCUCGUCUACAAGAUCAACGAUCUAGGCUCUCACAUGAUGCUGGCAGUAGAAAGUCUAUGAUGUCUGAGAAUAAUGCACCUUUUUGGGAGUCAAAAUAUCUUCAAGACAUAAGACAAAGGAAGUCCAUGUCCAGAGAUGGAAGUUGCAUCCCAGAUGAUUGGAGUGACAGACCACACAAUCUUGAAGAGCUUGAUGCCAUAAUGCAGAACAGAAAGAUAUCCUACAGAAACCCAUCUACUAUGGAUGAAAAAGAGUUUGAAGAAAAUGCUAGUUGGUUAGAGAGAUGGAUAGAAGCAAAGCAAUGGGAAAACCAGAGAAAUAGCAGAGCUUCCUAUGAUAGUAGAAGGGAUUCUAUAAAAACCGUUGAAAUUGAUUGUUCAAGACCAAGUUCCCGGUCAGGUACUGGUGUUUACAAACUGCCACAUCAUGGUUCACAUUACAUGCCCAGCUCACCGGGACGAAGAUCAAGCUACAGUCCUUCCACGUGUCAUCAACCCAUCACACCAUCUCCAAUCAAGACAAGACCAUUACAGAUACGCUCAGCAAGUCCUCGAUGUUUGAAAGAGGAAAGAAACUACUUGAAUGCAAACAUUCAAAGCCUACGGUCAACUCCACGUGUCACGGGGUCCAUUUCUCGUUAUAGCACUUGUGCAAAUGACAUGGCGAUACCUCACUACAUGGCAGCAACAGAGUCAGCAAAAGCAAGAAUAAGAUCACAUAGCACACCUAGACAGAGACCGUCGACACCAGAGAGAGACCGAUUGGGGUCUGCGAAAAAAAGACUAGCCUACCCUGUCCCAGAUCCAUGUGACAAUGGCAGUGAGGCUCAUUAUGGUGAUUAUGGUCAUAACCUAAGGAGUCCAAGCUUCAAGAGUGUCCAAGUAGGUCAUGUUGGUAUGGGACAGCAUUGGUAUUAUGCAGACAGCACAGCCGGUGGUGAAAUUUCGCCGUGUUCUACUACCGAUUUAAGAAGGUGGCUAAGGUAAGCUAUCCCCAUCAUCAUCAUCAUCAUCAUCAUCAUCAUCAUCAAGAAGGAAGAAUCACAGAUUAGAGGCAUUUCAACAGAAAAUAGAGAAGUCACAUCUAGUUUAGGUGUUGUGAUCAGAUGUAGGCAAUUUCAUAUAUCAAGUAUUGAAUGUAUUCUCUUCAUUGUUUCCAACUACGUACCAUGACAUAUUGAGCAUGGGCAUAUGCUAUGAUAAGAUGCAACAUGAGCCAAGUGCAAUAAUAUUAUAAAUAA